CUUAUUUUAGAUAUGUCAAAUAAUCUUGGUGGAGACGUUUCUGUAGCCAUAUUUACGAAUUUAUUAUUAUUUCGAUCACAAGAACAACCAAACAUUUUUCCAACAAGCACAAAGAUUAAUAAUUAUACUAUUCCAAAAAUAGAAAAGUAUUUUAAGACACAUUCUGAUGAAGAUGAUAUCUAUAAUCCAUAUUCAUAUUUGUCAUUUCCUUCUGGUGAACCCUUUAAGAGUGCUAAUGAUUUCAUAGGAUCUCGAGAAAAUCUAUUUUAUAGCUUGCGCCUUGAUAUUUUAUCACCUGAUGAUAAGAACUUACUCAAUAGUACAUCACCAUUUCGAUGGACUAGUGAAGAUAUCAUCAUCUUAACUAAUGGAUUUUGUAUAUCUACAUGUGCAUUAAUAACUUCAUUUCUUUCUAAAUUUCAUAAUGUAAAAACAAUUUCCGUUGGUGGGCUUCUUGACAAACCAAUGUCAUUUUCCACUUUUCCUGGUGGCUAUGCUACAUCUGAAAAUGUGAUUGCGGAUUCAGCUGGUGAUACGAAAUUUUCCGAACUUCCGAACGGAAACUCACUUCUUCUUGCUGUUAGUAAAGCUUAUGAUUUUGACAAAAAUAGUAAUACCGCAACAGGUGUAUUAGAAUAUUUAUUUAAACCUGCUGAUUAUAGACUUUACUAUAAUGAGAGUAAUGCUAGGGAUCCUAGCUUCUUAUGG